UGACAGGAAGACACAGCAGGUGAGGAAACAAUGAGAUGAAAUGAUCAGAACAGAAAACAGACUGGCAGAAGACACAGAAAAAGAGUUUGAAAGCAUUUGAUGACAUUUUGGAUUUCAACUAAUUGUGAGAUGCUUGUGACAGUGAUAUCUGUAGCCAUGGUGAUGCUGACAGGUCACCUGAUAUAUGGGCUCCCCAUGGACGGAAAAAUGAGAAAUUCCAGAGCCCUUUCAGAAGAGUUGUGUGAUGCAGGAUAUUACAAGUCUGUCACUGGGUGUCUUCAGUGCGACCCCGGUUUCUUCACCAGUCAGAAAAACAGAGAAGACAGAUGCUACCGCUGCUUCCAGAACUGCUUACCUGAAUUCAACAUGACGGUGGUGGUGGCGUGUACGAUAACAUCAGAUGUGGAGUGUCGCUGUCGGGAGGGUUACACUUGUACCGCGAUCGAUCAAUACACAGGCCAAUGUCACAUUUGUGCUCCUGUCUCCACCCCAGUCCCGUCCUCCACCUAUGCUGACGUCCCUUCAUCCACUACAUCCACCACUUCAUCCACAGAGACAGCUGAGAUCGGGCUGGGUGACAAUAGUGUUGUGGUGUUGGUUUUAUGUGGGUUCAUUUCUGUAAUGUUAUCUGUCAUCAUCCUCAUGCUGUUCCUCCGGCUCUGCAGGAAGAAAGAGAAGGAAUGUUUUAAGCAUUUUGUCAGGCAGUGCUCGUUGGGUGAUAUGGAGGUGAGUAAAGAGUUAAUGCACAUUUCUGUAGUAUGUGAGCAUGUCAUGAAUCAUCUGACUCACAGUCCUUCUUUUCUUCAGGUGGACAGUGAGACUACACCUCCUACCAGCCAACCAAAUGAGCAGCCCCAUGCCCAGGAGAUGCUGUCACAUGGCAGCACACCCACCAAUCACAACACAAACUGCUCAUUUCAUCAGCCAAUCAGCUCAGAGCAGGCUGUGCCUCCAGCUGGCAAUUUAGGCCCUCUUCACAUCUACGGUCCCCAGACAGUUUUUGUUAGUUUGCUCAAUCAAUUUGGAUGGAAUGGCGGCGAGAAAAAAGCACACGAACUCCAAGAAGAAUCACUAAACAACACCAACGUGUCCUACCCUCAGUCUCCCCCCGUCCAUCUGUCUGAGGAGGAAAGGAGCAGAGAGAACGAUUUUAUCUUCUUCCCAUCUCAGGAGCAAGGUAAAGAGUGCCACAUAUCUAAAGAAGAGGUGCUGUGAGGGAUGAUGGAAUACUUGUGUCCGUUCUUCUUCCGUGCUGUUCAGCUGCUGCGUGGUUUGUUUUAACUGAUGCUUCGUGAGUACCCAGUAUUAAAACUCUAACCCUGGCAGGGGAUUUCAUCUAGAGAGCAACAGGCUGCGUUAGGGGAAGACCUGGGUGUUUGACUAACAGUAUGGACGACAUAAGUGUUGCGUAUGAGCUUGACAGUUCAUGCCAGCUUGGCAGUAUUACCCAUAAUGUACGUUUACGCGGAAACACUGAUUCUAAACCAUCAGAACGGCAGCGGGAUGCUGAUGUUGACUGCAUGAAGAGUCGACACCAAAGGCUCAUGAUGGUUGACUGACCCUCAGGAACAGUGUUUGAAAGCAAAGAGCAGCUCUAAAACCCUCAGAAGACCAAAGAUUCACAUAUGUUGAGAUAUUUAUUUUAUGUAAAGUUUAUAUUCGUCACAAAACAUUUUUAUUUAUUUGUAACUCUUAUUAAUUAUAUUACAGUUGUUAAAAACAAAAACUUUUUUUGUUCUCAUGCAGUUUAUCAGUGUUCGAUCGUGUUAAGUCCCUGGUUAAUGUUGUCAGUGUUCUUCCUCUUUUCUUUGGUUUUUAUGCGACAGACAUGAUGGAUUAUGCCAUCAAAAAGCCCUGACAUUUUGAUGGUGGUCUGGAAAUGUCAACGUUGUUUCUUCAUUCAGAAGUCAAUAAGCAAUGGCUUCAUCAUAUAUUAUGUUUUAUAUUCACUGUAAUACACAUUUUUUAUGCUUGAUAUUAAGUGUAAAGUGCAAUAAAAUCAAUAAAGGUUUAUUUUUU